UGCGCAGUCGGGAGCCGCUGGGACUCCAUUCCAGUCCGUGGGCAGAGGUUUCCCCGAGCCUCCAUCCCCAACAGCUGCUGCGACAACUUCACCUGCUUCACCAACACCGAGCGGCCGACCAUGAGCGGGGGGCACGCACACGCACACGCGCAGGUGAAUUCUGGAUCUAAAGGAAGCGAAACCCACAAACACAAAGAGAAGCACAAAGAACACCGACACAAAGAACACAGGAAGGAGAAGGAGCGAGAGAAGCUGAAGCACAGCAACAGCGAACACAAGGACCCGGCGGAGAAGAAGCUCCGGGACAAACAGAAGCUGAAGCACAGCAACGGCAGCUCGGAGAAGCCCCGGGAGAAGAGGAGGGAGGAGAAGAUCCAACCGUCCCACGUAGAAAAGCCCAAAAAGGAGAAAGAAAACGGAUUUGUGAGAGAGAGAAGCCCCUCUGCCCUGAAGAGCGAACCCGAAGAAGACAACGGCUUUUACCCGUCUCCCCAACACCUCAAGGACGGAGGAUUGGAAUACAGGCCCAAAAAAAUCAAGUCGGAGCACGACAAGAAGGCCAAGAAGAGGAAACAGGAGUACGAAGAAGACGAGGAGGAGGACAUCAAACCCAAAAAGAAGACAAGAGACCAGAAGGCAACGCAGGGAAAGAAAAUAAAGAAAGAGGAGGAGAAGUGGAAAUGGUGGGAGGAGGAACGAUCCACCGACGGAUCCAAAUCGUUCCUGGAGCACAAGGGUCCAGUGUUUGCGGCGCCGUAUGAGGCCAUGCCCGACAAAGUGAAGUUUUACUACGACGGUAAGCCGAUGAAGCUGAAGCCUCCUGCCGAGGAGGUCGCUACGUUUUUUGCCAAGAUGUUGGAUCACGAGUACACCACCAAGGACAUCUUCAGGAAGAACUUCUUCAAGGACUGGAGGAAGGAAAUGACGUCAGAGGAGAAGUCCAAGCUCAGCGACCUCAACAAGUGCGACUUUGGCGAGAUGAGCGAGUACUUCAAGGCCCAAUCGGAAGCCAGGAAGCAGAUGUCCAAAGAGGAGAAGCAGAAACUCAAAGAAGAGAACGAGAGGCUCCUGCAGGAGUACGGCUUCUGCAUCAUGGACAACCACAAGGAGAGGAUCGGCAACUUCCGCAUCGAGCCGCCCGGACUGUUCCGAGGGCGAGGGGAUCACCCCAAGAUGGGAAUGCUGAAGCGCCGCAUCCGGCCCGAAGACAUCAUCAUCAACUGCAGCAAGGACUCCAAGCAGCCGAAACCUCCCCCGGGGACAAAGUGGAAGGAGGUUCGCCAUGACAACAAGGUGACCUGGCUGGCGUCGUGGACAGAGAACAUCCAAGGGUCCAUCAAGUACAUCAUGUUGAAUCCAAGCUCCAGGAUCAAGGUACCGUGUCAACAUAUGACCAGUUAUUCAUACAACUUCAGCGGAACUCAGGGAAGCCCGAGGGCCCCGUUUGAAUCCUCCUCCUCUCCCCUGCAGACCUCCAUCCUGAACAAGCACCUUCAGGAGCUGAUGGACGGGCUGACGGCCAAAGUCUUCCGCACCUACAACGCCUCCAUCACGCUGCAGCAGCAGCUCAAGGAACUCGCCUGCCCCGACGACAGCCUCCCCGCUAAAGUCCUCUCCUACAACCGGGCCAACCGGGCGGUGGCCAUCCUCUGCAACCACCAGAGAGCUCCACCCAAAACAUUUGAGAAGUCCAUGCAGAACCUUCAGACCAAGAUUGACGAGAAGCAGAAUCAACUGUCGGCCGCCAGGAAGCAGCUGAAGUCGGCCAAGGCGGCGCACAAGACCUCCCACGACGACAAGAGCCGGAAGGCGUGGAAGGUGAAGCGUAAAGCCGUGCAGAGGAUCGAGGAGCAGCUGAUGAAGCUGCAGGUCCAGGCCACGGACCGAGAGGAGAACAAGCAGAUCGCUCUGGGCACCUCGAAGCUCAACUACCUGGACCCCCGGAUCUCCGUGGCGUGGUGCAAGAAAUGGGCCGUGCCCAUCGAGAAGAUCUACAACAAGACGCAGAGGGAGAAGUUCGCCUGGGCCAUCGACAUGGCGGAGAAGGACUUUGAGUUUUAAACACACAGGAGCAUUUUUCCCUUUUCAAAGCGCGCCUUCCAUCGUAGAGGUUGGUAGUUGAUGUCCAAUGGUCCCACGGCUGCGACCACGGGUAAAUAACUGUGCUUGUGCUCUUUCUAUGUAUAUCUAUUUAGAGGUACAUAUACACACACACACACACGUAUGGACGAUGAAUGACAGAAGUGUGUAUGUAGCUGCAGCUUAAAGCUCUUGUGAACACAUUACUUUUAUCUUUUGUGAGACACGAUUGCACUGAAACGUGUGAGCCAUCGGCCUUUUCUCAGACAUUCUAUAUUCUCGUAGAACAGGGAAGAAGUAAAUGUUUGCACGAGAGCCCGCGAGGAUCAACGGGGGAGAAUCUGGAGCGAACUGUGAAGUCCAGAGACCCGAGCGCUGCGCUCGCUCAAUUAUUAGCACACGGAAUGUUGUCUCUCUUUUACAUUUUAGUUUCGGUUCGCUGUUUAUUUCAGGGAUGUACAUAUUUUUCCGUCAUUUUGAAUUAGUCAGGAUUCAGCGUUUUAUAUGAAAAUAAAUGUGUGCUGUUUGUGUGGUCGACAGGACGCUCUUCAUUGCUUAUAUGCAACCUGUGUGUGUGUCCACAGUUCUAAAAACAAUCCUCUCGGUUACUUGAAAGCGGCUCCAGUGAGACACCGUGUUUUUUGUGUGCACCAGAGCUCAGAGACUGUUCCCGCAGACGGAGAUGAGGAUUUUUUUGCCAAAAAAGAAGAAGAAACAAGACCACGGGGGGGGGGGGGGGUGUCGGGUAGUGUGCCGUUUGUAUCGCUGUGACAACGAGGAAAGCGCGCGCAGUCAUUUUUCCAAAUGUGAAUGAAUAUUAUGUCUUUUGUCAUCAAUCUUUUGUGCUAUUUGAUUAAUUGUCACACAACCGUGGAUUGGUUGAAUGCUUGUUGUUUGGAGCUUUGUAGUUUUCAGAAUAAAACAUAUAAAACUUG